AUCUGACCCAAACAGCACAGUCCAUUAGGCAUUAGCAUAGCUGUCCUUCCCAUCUCAUCACUGUGUAGAGUGAGAGUGCGUCAGAAAGAACCUCUUGUAUUUUUAACAUAGAAGUCAAAACCUCUUCUCCAUAAAACUUCAUCUCCAAUUUUGAUAUUUGUUGGAGAAAGAAAUCAUGGAUGGCAUUACAUGUUUGGGAGUGUCCUAAAGACCUAAACAUUUCUCAGAACUAAUCAUAUGCACAGGUUUCCUCUUAGCUUUAUAAUAUUGAUGAAUGAAGAAUAAAUGAAAGAUUGUUUUCACUUCAACUUCAAUACAUGCUUGUUUCAAGGAGAAACUACAUUCACUGGCUAAAAUGAUUAUCACUAAACACAACCCACUUUGGGAGAGCUUUUUGAUUUUUUCAGUACUCAAUUUCCUGGUCUAGAAUGAUAAUGAUAAGUAUUUUGUGAAUGUCAGGAUCAACUAAUCUACUAUGAUUGAUUUUUUAUUACCGUUACAGUUAGUUUAUUCUGACUUUACAGUGUUUGUUGUGGAGAGAAGUUUCUAAAAAACAUCAUGGUAUAAUUUUUGUCUAUGACAGGGGAUUAUAUAUCUUGGCCAUAUUGUUUGAGAGAGGUAAAUAGUUGCAUGAGUUUGUAGAAGAAGGAAUUAUGGCACACAAUUUGGGACAAAAAUACACCGGCAACAUUGCAAAAACACUAUGUUGAGAAUCUGGAGCAUGAUGAUGAAUAGCAGAAGAAGGCUUGGUGUUGCUUUGUUUCAUUUCGGAGGGAGUACUUCUGAAUCUUUGUGUUGUUAAAAUAUUUUUCAUAAAAACCAGUUGUAUUUUCUGGCAAGGAAAAGUUCCGUUCCCAAAACAAAACCAAAGAAAAAUGGGUGUUGAAUGGGCUGAGUUACCGCAAGAAAUCAUAGAAUCAAUCUCGAAAAGGUUAACAAUCUACGCCGACUAUAUUCGAUUCCGAUGUGUCUGUCGCACCUGGAAUUCCUCUGUCCCUAAAACCCCUCUCCAUCUACCACCUCAACUCCCAAUACUCAUGCUUUCUGACGAAUCCUUCUUCGACCUCUCCACCAACAAAAUCCACCGCCUUAAUUUCCCUCUACCUUCUGGGCCGACCCGUAUUUGUGGUUCUUCUCAUGGAUGGCUUGUCAUUCUGGAUGAAACAUCCAACCUCAAUCUUCUUAACCCUGUAACACAUGCCACACUCUCUCUUCCUUCUCUCCACACUUUUCCAUAUUUGGUUAAAAAGCUUUUCGCAUUUAAUAAAAACAACCUUUACCUUAUCAAAGUUGUCUUGUCAUCUAACCCCUCCCCCAACGAUGAUUUCGCGGCAUUCGCUAUUCUCGGUCUUAGGCAUCUAGCAUUCUGCAGAAAGGGCUGCGAUUCUUGGGUUCUCCUCGAUGCGAAUGUGGGUGACCACUGGACUGACGCCGUAUACAAGAACGGUUCGUUUUUUGCUAUGAGCACGAGUGGAAUAACGGCGGUGUGUGAUGUUGUUGAAGGUCCUCGAGUCUCCUAUAUUCCGCCACCAACCUCUUUAUAUUACAAUGAUGUUUUCUACGCUGUGUUCUCCGGGGAAGAAAUGUUAUUGAUCCAACGAUGUUGUACAGAGGAAUAUGAGCCUCGGGAUUUUGAACCAUACCCUGAUAUGUCGACAGUGAAAUUCUGGAUUUAUAAGAUGAAUUGGAAUAUGCUGAAGUGGGAAGAAAUUCAAACUCUGGGCGAACACUCAUUAUUUAUAGGGAAGAAUUAUUCGCUUUCUUUCUCUGCUGCUGAUUUUGCUGGAUGUUGUCCAAAUUGUAUCUAUUUCACUGACGAUAUUGGUGGGAAACAUGAUCAUGGUAUCUAUAGUUUAUCAGAUGAGAGCAUUGAGCUGUUGCCCUGUGAUCCACAAAAUUGUGGUUUUGGAUAUCCAGUUUGGGUCACUCCAAAUCCGUGAUGAGCUGAGAAUCUUAAUGGUAUAAUGUUUAGCUAGCUGUUUUGUGUUUAUUUUUAUUGUACAUGUGUUCCUUCCUUUGAAAGGAAACCAUUACUCUUAUUUAUGCCUAUUGUGUUGUUUAACAACUUGCUUCCCAUGCUCAUAUAUGAAGUGCUGAGCAUCUCAAGCUGUCUUGCUUUACCUGUACAUUAAGAGAGAUGGAGCAAAUUCAAAUGUAGUCUUUAUGAUCUAUUUGAUGUGUAUUUUGAUUAAA